AUGGCAGACGCACAUUCAGAGAGACUGCUUCUCAAUGCAAAGGCUUGGCCUCCAGAGUCUUUGCAGCUUUUCCGCAAAGUCCUUCAGAAUGUCCUUGACAGUCCGCACGACCCCAAAUUUCGCAAGCUGAAGCUCAGCAAUGCCCGCAUCAAUGGGCUCCUCUCGGAGAGUGGAGCCCAGGAGGCAUUCCGCGCACUUGGCUGGAUCUCUACCGGAGAUGCUCUGGAGCUUCCUGCGACAGCCAGCUUGGACAUGACGACAGCGGUUCUGAAAGGCACGGAGCUGCAACCAGGUGAUCCCAUUGCCUUGACGGUCCUCCGCGGCGCUCUCAAAUCGAAGCUGGAGCUGCCUUGCAACACUCUCUUCAGUGGACUGGCUGCUGCCAUCGAGCAGAGCGAGCCCUUGGGCCGAAUUCCGCGGAAGAGACAACGGCUCUUGAUUGGAGUCCCGCCAAAGCCUUUGCAAGAAAGCUUCCCGCACUUCGCUUCCAUGACAAUCGCGGAGCUAGGCUUGAAAGCUUUUAAGCUAGAGGAUACCUGGGAGGAGAUGGUGGCUGAUCUACGUGCCACUCGUGCCAGCUUUGCAUCGCUGGCCUCUGUUCUGGCUUGCAAGAAGACGCUUCAGGACAACUUCGAAUUCUUGCUAGACUCUGCCAAAUCUUUGCUGAAAGCACGCGCGAUGGCUAUGGAUGCUGCUGAAUUGAGGGAUGCUCGCAGUGUUUUCAAAGUUCUCUGGCCACCGGGGGAUCCAAGCACGAGAGAUGCCAGGUUGGCACACUGUGCUGCUUGCACGCCCCUAGCAGCUCUCGCGAAGGAGGAGGACGGAUCAGCAAUCCAAUUUCCACUCCGGGUCGAGAGGACGAAUCUCUUCAGGAGCGCUCUUGAACAGAUCUGCGAAGCCCCUGUGGCAGACCUGCGAAAGUCGCUUCAAGUGACUUUUGUGGGCGAGGCUGCUGAGGAUGCUGGAGGCCCGCGACGCGAGUUUUUUAACGACUUCGGCCGGGCUUGCGCGGACGAGGCAGUAUGGCAGAGGACUGCAGCAGAUUCACUGGUUCCGUCUCCCUUCUCUGCAGCGGCAGACGUAUUCCGUGGCUGUGGUCGAAUCUUUGGGCUCGCCCUAUGCCAGGCAGAGAAUGCAGCGCAAGAGCAGCGAGUAAGGGCGAAUGCCACGCUACAGGAGCUUCUAGCAGCGGUCACACAAGACGACGAUAACCAAGAGCAGCAGCUGCAAAAGCUUCUGCUCGGAGCAACUCUCUCACGACCUUUCCUGCGGUGCGUUCAGGCCGAUAUCCCGGAGUCUGUAGAAGAGCUACAGGCUGAACUCAAUGCAGAGCAGAGCGAAAGCGCUCCGGAUUUCAGAGGCUCCCCCACUUUCCUGACCUCGCAGUUGAAGGACAUCGGUUUGGAAGGGCAGCUGACCUUCAGCAGAGAGGUGCAAGGGAACACCGUCGAUCUCACGGUCGGAGGCCGGGCCAUCGUCGUGACCGAUGCGACAAAGCUCGAUUGGCUGCGAGCGGUCUUGAAACACGAGCUCGUCGAGGCCAUCUCGGAGCCGGCAGCUUCCUUCAGACAAGGGGUCUCGGAAGCUGCAGGGACGGCAUACUUGGCGCUUCUGUCGGCAGGCGAACUGCAGAAAGAGUGGUCAGGCCUCGCGCACGUCAGUGAUGAUGCGUUGAAGCUUUGGCAGAAGCAAGCGAUUGUGAAUCCGGCACGUGCACAGCAGGCCGCGUGGUUUUUCGAGAUCUUGUGGGAGGAGCACGCGCGAGAUGCCCGCCCGAGCGUGCUGAAGUUUACCACAGGCAGUGAUCGGUGGCCUGUGGAUUCCAAAGCCUUCACGUUCUACAUAGAGCCCAUGGACGGUGGUGACGAUUUGCUGCCUCGAGCAAUGACAUGUGGGAACAUGCUGCAACUUCCCCUCUACACCUCAAAGGAGCGCUUGCAGAACCAGCUUCUGAAGGCCUGUGAUAUGGGGCUUUCCAUGCAGCUUGUUUAG